AUGCUCAGAACUCAGCAGCCCGCUGCUGCUCUCCGGCUAACACGAGCCUACAGAGCACCCUCCGCUGUAGAGAGACUAGCGGGUCCAGGCUGCUGUGUUUACAGCGGAGGGUGCUUGCCAAAAAACGCCGAUCUCCUUUACUUCGCGACAAGAUACGUUCAUUCCUUCUCGAAUCUGCACAGGGCUAGUCACACAGCUAGCUGCCGAGGGAGCAGGUGCUGGCUGCACGCAGCAGCACAAGCAACAGCGGCUGCAUCUCCUGGCACUGGGGUAGCUUCUGUCGCGUCGCUGCUGCCUCAAGAUGCUGCGCGGGCUGAGCAGCAGGCGCUGCUGUCUUUGCUGCAUGAAAUUGAGAAGUCAAACAGCAACGCCGUGAAGGUGUCACUGAGGGUCUUUCAUUUGCAGCAGCUUGCUGCCAUACGCGGCGCCUCCUACUUGCGACUGCAGCAGCACCCCGCCGUGGUGCAGCUCAUUGAGGAACUGACAGCUGCAGCAGCAGCAAAGCCCGGAGAGUUAGCAGAAUCAACGGGAGAGUUAUCGCCGCCGCAGCUGCACGCGCUGAAGGGCAGUAUGUCUGUGGCGGAGGCUUGCAGCAGCUUGAGAUGCUUUGCUGCUGCAUCUGCUGAUGUUGACCGCAUGCACUUAGCAGCAUUAAUGCAACACGUGCUACGCGAUGCUGGACAAGUUAACGAAUACGAUGCGGCCUGCGUCUUAUAUUCCAUUCGCAAGUAUCAUUUUAAUCCUCGAGCUGAGUUGGAGCAGCAGCUUGAAGUUGUUGAAGCGCGCGCGGCAGAAGAUGGGGUGGCAAGCAGCCCAGUUGUCCGGCUGGCAGCCGAAAGUCUUCACCAAAAACAAAAGAGCAAGGCCCGCCGAGUUGACAGCAGCAAAAGUGACACCAGGACCAACAGCAGGAGCUUAAGUAAGCUCAGCCUGAAGAUGGCUCGUGUCUGUGCGUGGGCUCUGGAGCGGCGGGCUACAACGGCCACUCCAAAGUCCCUCGUCUGCUGCUUGUACGAAUACGGGUUGCUGCAGCUGCUGCCCUGGAGGCUACUGCUGCUGCUGCUGAAGCGGCUGCGGCAAAAACAGCAGCUGCAACAGCUCGACGGCCAGGGGCUUGCUCUCUUAGCUUUGUCCCUCUCGCUGCUGAAGCAGCGAGAGACAAAAAUCAUGAGGAGAAUUGGGUGGGUGGUUCAGCAGCGGGAACAGGAGCAGCAGCAGCCUCAGCAGCAGCGGGCGCCCCUGCAGGAGGAUGUGCUCGCACUUUUGAAAAGGAGGGAAGGAGUGCGCAAGGAAUAUUCGCCUCAAAGUUUGUGUUUGCUGCUGCAUGCAACAGCGAAACUCAGCCUCAGGGAAACAGGCAUCAUUUGCGCAGUCUGCGCCCGCAUUGAGAGGGCAGGCAGCACCAUGACAAACCAGCAACUCGUGAUAUGCGCUGAGGCGCUCGGUCUUCUGGGGGUUAGGCAUGAGGCAGCAUGGCAAACAAUCAACAGCCUCUUGGCGGAGAGGCACCGGAGUCUCUCUCCAUGUGAAAUUUCUCUGGGGACACUGGGGGCGUCAAAAGCAGCAGCCGCCGACCCCGAGACCUUGACAGCCCUCCUCAGCCAAGCCUUAUCCCUUCAGCGCGGCUUCACUGGUCAACAGCUAGUCAAUCUGCUAGACGGCAUUGCCCUCUCUGGACAGGCGAAACAGUGUUCAGAAGCUCUUUCUGCUGCUCCACAGUCGGUGCAGUUGUUUAUUGAGGCGCAUCAACAGCCGUUUCAAGCAGUAGAGCCUCAGCAAGAGGACCUCGCUGGCAACACAGAUAGGAGCAGCUGUGACAGCAGCAAGCGGAGUGACAUAUGCCUGGACUUGCUGUCUGAGGGAUGCUAUUGCCCUCUCUCCGGGAACCUAUUGGGGGCCGCUCUCUUGAAGGCGAGGCACCUGCAGAAGAUGGGUUUCCUGUACUGCAGCAUCAGGCGACAACAGUGGCUGGACGCUGAUGCUGCGAAGCAGCAGCGAUUGGUGCUGCAUGCACUUCAACAAGCAGUGAACGCCAGGAAAGACGCAUCCGCUUAG